GGAGAGCUGACGCAGCCGGCAGAGAUCUCCCAUUGGGAGCGCUGUGCGGGGCGGAGUUAGGCCGCUGCUGGGCUCUCUCCUUAGUCCGGGCCGGGCCGGGCUUUUGCCUUGCAGGCUGGCUGAUGAUUCCCGGGGGUCGGACGUUGCAUUUUAGCAGGCGAGUGCAAGAGGGGGAGCAGAGCAAGCUAGAAGACGCCGAUGGCUGCGCCGAACCCAGAGAAAAGCCUCCAGGAUGAAGCCACCUGUUCCAUCUGCCUCGAUUAUUUCCAGAACCCGAUGAUGGUCAUCGACUGCGGGCACAACUUCUGCCGGGACUGCAUUGCCCAGUGCUGCGAAGGGUCCGUUGCCAAUGUGUUCUCCUGUCCGCAGUGCAGAAAACCCUUCCCUUGGCAGAACCUGCGGCCAAACAGGCACCUGUGGAAUAUCGUUGAGCUGGCCAUGCAGUUCAGCAUGCGGCGAGCCAAGGAGUCGGGUGAACAGCAGCUCUGCAAGAAACACCAGGAGCCCCUGAAGCUCUUCUGCGAAUACGAUCAAACGUCCAUCUGCGUGGUUUGUGACCGGUCCAAGCUGCAUAAAUAUCACAGCAUCAUUCCUAUAGAGGAGGCUGCUCAGGUUUACCAGGAGAAAAUACAUCACUGCUUGCAAACUCUGAAAGAAGAGAAAGACAAGAUUUUAUCAUUUAAAUUAGAAGCAGAGAAGCCAAGCCAGGAUCUGCUGGCAGAAACUGAUUCUGAGAGGCAGAAGCUUAUGUUGGAAUUUCAGCAGCUCCGCCAGUUUCUAGAGAAAGAAGAGCAAAUCCUGUUAACCCGUCUGCAGAAGCUGGAGAUAGAGAUUGAGAAGAAGAAGGAAGAGCAUGCAGCUAAAUUUUCCGAGGAGAUUUCCCGUAUCAGCACCCUAAUUGGCGAGCUGGAGCAGAAGGGUCAGGAGCCGCCAGGUGGGCUGAUGCAGGAUAUUGGAAGUGUCUUCAACAGGUGCAAGACGGGCAAAUUUCAGUUUCCUACUCCACCUGAUUCUUUGGAGCUCAGUACAAUGCUUCAGGAAUUCUCCAAAGAGAGUGCUUCACUGCAGGGCGAACUGAGGAAAUUCAGAGAGACUUUGGAUGAACAAAAGUGGAUAAAUGAGAACGUGACACUGGACCCCAUGACGGCUCACCCUCGAUUUGUUGUGUUUGAUGGUCAGAAAGCUGUCGCAUGGGGAUCUGUCCGCCAGGAGCUUCCCUACAGCACCAGACGAUUUGACCCCUCCCGCUGCGUGCUUGGCUCUCAAGGAUUCACCUCGGGGAAGCAUCAUUGGACAGUGGAUGUGAGCAAGGGAACUUUCUGGGCUUUGGGUGUAGCCAAAGAAUCCGUGAAGAGGAAAGGGCAGCUGAAUAUCGUCCCUGAGGAGGGAAUCAUGGCUGUGGGUUUUAGCAACGGUCAGUACAAAACCUUAACGUCGCCCCCGACUUUUCUGAACCCAAGCAAAGACCCCCGAAAGAUUCAGAUCCGUUUGGACUAUGAAGGAGGAACAUUGGGGUUUUUCGAUGCAGAAGAAAAUAAGCGCCUCGUUCUCUUUACUGUCAAAUUUGUGUCAAAAUUAUUUCCUUUCUUCCGAGUUGGGGACAUGAACACUGUGCUUCGACUGUGUUAAAUUGUCUGUUCUUCUGUUGGACUUGGGUCUUUGGCCCUUCCGACAAUGAAGUAGUGUCAACAUAACUCUCUGGCUGUAACACACAAUACUGAACUUCAGCGUGGUUAAUACGACGGCUGCUUUUGACUUGCCUUAAUUCCCUUAUCGGGAUACUAUAUAUUCUGAAUGGAAACUGGAGCCUAGGCUUAAAGAAUGUGGGAGACCUGAAUGCAUACACCAUUUAAAACUACUUCGUAGAUAUAGCUUCUAGUAAGUUUUAGCAACCUCUUUGUCUCGCCCGGCUGUAUUUCCUCUCAUUUGGAUACAGAUUCCAAAGUACAACAUUUGUACCCCUCAUAUCAGCUGCGAGUGGUACAUCUCUCUUAAACUGCAGCCACUCGGAAAUACACAGAAAUGGUGAUCAGACAAGAAUGGAGAUCCAGCUUGUGGGAAAUGGGAAUUGAAAGUGGAAAGUGUGUGUGUGUGUGUGUGUGUGUGUUGAUAUGAGGUGUGUGUACAGGUAUCUGUGCCCAAAUGAAAGCAGCAUUGCAAUAUACAGCCAGUAGUUAACCGUUGAGUGCAGUCAAUUUAUCCAAGCCAAGCUGAGACCAAGAAAGACAAUGAAAAUUGAUGAGAAAAGUGGUGUUUUGUAAUUUUAACAUGGUAAAUACAGGGAUACAGGAGAUCACCUUGGUUUUCAAUUGAGAUCCAUUUGGGAUGCCUUGUUAACGUACCUUGCAAUUUUUUACAUCCUGGAAAAUAUAUAUAUUUUAAAUUGCAGCCUUUUUUAAAAAGUAGAGUAAAAGUUUAUCCAAAUUUGCAUAAGUAUUUUAAGAAUUCUUUUUACUUUUACUUUUUUAUAUAUAAUGCUCAAACGAAAAAGCACAGGUGACAGGAAAUGUUUAGGUACUGGGUUGUCAGAAUUAUUUGCUCUUCCCUGUACCUGUUUGCCAAAACUUAAUAAAUGCUGACAUCUCCUUAAA